GCUAACGUUCUGGUACAUCAUUGCAAAACGCUACCUAACGCAUUUCCGUACAGUGCAGCAACGGUGCAGCGGUUCAAAAUUGGGGACUUCAUACAAUUUCAUCAGCAGCAGCAGCAGCCGCCGCAGCAGCAGCCGCAGCAACAGCAACAGUUUUACUUCCAUCAGCAGCAGUUUGUAGAUCCCAACUAUAACGUUGGUGGACUUUAUCCCCUAGUCGAACAGCAGCCUAAUUUUGGAUCGACACAUGGUGUUCGAUUCAGUGGCGCGUCAGUAAAUUCCGUCACCAUUUCGUCGACCGUGGUGAAACGCAGGCCAGCGCCGCAGAUUACGGUAGCGAGCGGCCCGCAGGUCCUAUCGCCGAAGCGACUCCGCACGACCGCGCUGCCCGGCGUCGCGGCGGCUGCCCUUCCGGCCCUCGGCAACUGCCUCGUCCCGGCGCAUCCAUCGGCCGCUGCCGCUGCCGCCGCCGCCGCCGCCCUGCUGCAGCAUCAGAUCCAUCAACAUCAUCAUCAACAGCAGCAGCAGCAACAACAGCAACAACACCUUCAGCAAUUACACCAUCAGCAAUCGAUAAGCUCGGACGUACAAACGCAGCAGGUACAGCAGCAGCAGCAGCAGCAACAGCAGGUUCAACAAUCGAUCUCACCGCAACCGAACCAAGUUUCCGUAUCGGUUGCUAGUGCACUAGCCGGCCAAUCGCCGCUGGCUACGAAUCCGACCAGUAGCACCGGAACACCUGCAGUUGGGGUUGGGCAGCCGCCGAUGUUUAGCUCGCCGGUCGUAGCACAGUCGAACGCCGUUGUCAGCAGUCCGUCCAUGAACGGUGCGCUGAACGUGAACGCAGUAAACGCAGCGAACAACAACCACACCGGACUCGGACAGACCGGCCAGUCGGCCACCGGCAACCUCAAGAUGGACAGCUCGAUGGGACAGAUGACACCGAUGGCACCGUUGGCAUUGUCGCAAAGUAUGGAUUCCGUUAAUACGGCCAGCAACGAAGAAGAGGUUCGCACACUCUUCGUCAGUGGACUGCCGAUGGAUGCGAAACCGCGCGAACUCUAUCUACUGUUCAGAGCCUACGAAGGUUACGAAGGAUCGCUGCUGAAGGUUACCAGCAAAAAUGGAAAAACGGCAUCGCCUGUUGGCUUCGUCACGUUCAACACCCGUGCCGGUGCGGAAGCUGCCAAGCAGGAUCUACAGCAAGGUGUACGCUUCGAUCCCGAUAUGCCCCAAACAAUACGCUUGGAAUUCGCCAAGAGUAACACUAAAGUCAGCAAACCAAAACCACAACCUAAUACAGCGGCCACAGCUGCACAUCCUGCAUUGAUGCACCCACUUACUGCUGGACACUUAGGUACACCGUUUUUUCCUGGCGGCCCGGAACUAUGGCAUCAUCCGUUAGCCUUCUCGGCGGCGGCCGCUGAGCUGCCGAGUGCAGCCGCACUGCAGCAUGCAACGCUCGUCCAUCCGGCACUGCAUCCGCAGGUGCCGCAGCAAAUUCAAAUGCCGCACCCGUCAGCAAUACAUCCAGCAUCGAUGCAUGUGUCCGCCGGCCUGCCAGCGAACCACUUUUUGCCCAGUCCGGCACUGGCCAGUCCGGUCGGUAGCACUGCUGGUGGCAAUCAGCCACCGAACCCGCCGCUAGCCGCCAAUGCUCCCUGCUCGACACUGUUCGUUGCCAAUCUGGGACAGUUUGUUUCCGAGCAUGAGCUGAAAGAAAUUUUCGCUAGUCUGCCUGGCUUCUGUCGCCUUCGUUUGCACACUAAGGGUUCAGCAACAACUACUACUGCUGCUGUUGCUGCUGCCGCCGCUGCUGCUGCUGCCGCUGCCGCUGCUGCAGGCAAUGUCAACCACAACAACAACAACAACAACAACAUCAUAAAUGGUAUCUAUCGCCACUGCACCAACCAUCACAACCUGUCCAUCAGCAACGGUAACGCACUGUCUACUACCAACACCAACACGCUUGUAAACGGGACGGGCGGUGUUGCGUCAACCCCGGUCCCGGUUGCGUUCGUAGAGUUUAAGGAUGUGGUGAGCGCGGCGGGAGCGAUGGCCGCCCUGCAGGGCAAGUUCCUGCUGUCAUCCGACCGUGGCGCUAUGCGCAUCGAGUUCGCCAAAUCGAAGAUGGCCGCGGACAUACCGUCGCACCAGUUCUACGCACAGAAUCACGCGCAGCAGAGAGAAGGGGGCGGGUUUGGAGCCAAGAAUGGAACAUCAUUUGGGGAAGAAGAGUGAACGAACCGAUCUCAGCUCGUACCUAAUGGCAACAACCUGACCGCAACAUCUUCAACCCGUAGCCACCACCAUCAUGAACCAUAGCAAUCUCAGCGGCAACCAUCAUUGCAUCAGCAGCACCGGAUCCACCAUCUUGAACGGGGGCGUCGGCGGCGGCGGCCCAACAACACUGAUCGGGGGCGGUAUGCACGGCCGCGGUGGACCACCACCGGUGGUACCACCGGCAACAUCUAUGGCCGGGCUCGGUGGACAGAAUGCGGGUCUGUUCACGUUUGCCGUGGCACCACAUCCACGUGCAUAAAACAAAAAUUGUACUGCACGAUACUAAUCGAACAGAUAGCGGUGUAUGCUUACUGCAAGAGGGAUAAUUUAAUCUAACAAACAAAACCAAAAAAAGUGAAAACAAUAUUACAUACGAAGGAAGCUAAAAAAAAGGAGAGAAGAACCGAUUACGGUAGGAAUAGGACAGCCGAGCGCGAUACAGAACGGAUCGCUUUACGGCACGAUCCAACAGAUGAUCACUGUGAUAAGCGAUCGAAAAGACGAAACUAUGAGGCGCAAUUUUAGCAUUCAUACGCUAGGUUGAACACUGUGUUCUGUCCGACAACAACAAACAAAAAAAAACCAUACCGAAACACCCUUUGGAGAAGGUUGUGGCGAAGCGCUAGAUGAUAGGACUGUAAGUAAUCAUUAACUCUCCUACCUAAACAACUUUUUUGCUGUCAACUGUCCUUAAUGAAGCUAAACACACAAACUUACUGAAGAAGAAAAGAAAAAUCGAAAUGCUAUUUCGAGGAACCGUUCGGCUUCGUUGAACGCGAACGGUGGCGCGCCGUUCGGUGGUGGGAAAAGCAAAGAAACGCGCGCACUAGCUAAAGCAUUACUAGUUGAUCACUUUUUACCAAAAUGUGCCCUAAACGUGAGUGAUGAUCGGCUGUUUGGAGGAAGAGCAACAAAAAAGGACGAAAGUGGGGUAAAAACAUUUAAAGAAAAAAAGGCAAACAACGCAACGUAGAACAAAUCGAAACAGCUCCAACCGAUCAUCACUCUACCUAGUUUCCAUUUUACGUUUAACAUACAAAACGAACAAAAACGAAUGUUAUCUAUGAGCAAACCGUUUUUCCCACUACCCCCUCCACCCCCUCAUUCCCGUUUCCCGCACAUUCAAGGGACAUUCAAUCAUUCUUUACAUCCCGUUUAUAGCAUUAGCAUCAUUUUUAAUCCAACAAUCUGAGAUAUACACCAUAAAUGACAAGCAGAAGAAUGGGGAGUUUUUUUCGGGGCAAUUGAAUGUGAAUGUGCAUUGCAAAACAUACACAAACACACACCAGGAUAUCGAAGUCAAUGGCUAAAACUAUGUGAUUAGGGUUUCAUCACUGCAAAAGCGCAAACAAACGUACGCCGUAAGCAGAUAAAACCGUUUGCCUGCUGCCCAUACAAAGGUUCGUCACCUACUAUCAUCGGCAAAAGCAUCCCCUAACAAUGAAACGCGGGAUCUCGUAUGCGCACUAGCAGCAGCAAGACGAUGAAAUGAAACAGAAUAAGGAAAGGGCAUAUAGAGAAAAACAACGUAAACAAUUUAAAACAAAAUGUGAGCAAUAAGACACAAACUUACACAACCGACACAUACACUAUAUGAGACAAAAGUAAAACAAAACAAACUUGAAAAACAAAGCGUAACAACAAGAAACUAACAAAACUAUGAAAAGGAAGAAGAAAGCAAAAAAAAACUUUGUAAAUGAAAAUAUCCAUGCAUAUCAAGAUUUUGAAUCGACAUUUAAGAAACGAGAUACAUUUACUAGCCAGGAGAAGAACAUAAGCGGAAGUUAAGAAAGGAUGAUCGUUAAGCAUACAACAACAUACAAAAAACCGGUCACACAUGAGUGUGACGUAUUUAGCAAUUUUAAAACAAGCCGAAUGUAUGGGUUAGCCGUAAAAGAGGUUUAGGUAAUCAUAUAUACGAGAGGAUACAACUAUUUCGAAGCAAUCCUAGCGAGUCACAAAAGACAGAUUUUUAUAGAUGGGAGAAAAAUGCAAACAUGUUGAAGGAGUAGAAGAGAAAAACGAAGCAGAUUAAUGGUGGAUCAAUGGCGCUGCUGGGCUGGUGUGUUUUGAGUUCUGAUAAGGAAUUUCCUAAUUUCCAUUAAUUUCCAUCAACUUUCCCAAAACCGCAAAACAAGAGGCACGAUCGUUACGCAUCGAUCGUAAUGGUUACGUUUUGUUGUGAAAAAUGUGUUUUUAAAUGCUAUUGCUUUAAAUGGCAAAUUUGUUCUUUUCUAUUGGUAAAGUAAUAACCAUUAUACGAAAGUGUCACAAAUAGGGUUCUUUAAAACUUUAACCGAUACUGAGAUGAGCCUCCGAUAAAAGAAGGCAAGCAUAAAAGUAGAUGAAACAAUACCGAAAUAACAUGAUCUAGCUGCGUGUGAUUAAUUAAGUGUUGCCGUGUGUAUCGUGUGCAAAAAAAAAAACAUUAACUGUAAUCCCAUGCUGGCUAACUGCCAGCAGACAGUCCGUUGCUAACCAUCAUUCACAAUAUUUAUGCAAAUGUAAAGUAAACGCGAAAAACAAACCGGAAAAAUGUUUCAAAAAGCCGUUUUAAUUGAAUCAUUCUAGCAUUCAAACAAUUACGUUUUGAUUCACAUAUUUUUCGUAAAAAUAUAACGCUCUUUCAAACACAAAACAAGCAAUAGUUACCUAAAGGAGGAAACCAAAGAAUGUAGAAAAAAAACCCCGAUCGAACUGUGCAACCAUUUUGUACAUUUUAAAAGGCUUGAAGCAAAGCGCUUUCUUUAAUACCAAAGAAGAAGGAAAAAACAAAACAUUGUGCGGCACAUGGUUAGUAACAACAAUGGAUGGGAAAAAAAAGAAAAACGAAGCAAUUACAUGAAAAAUUUGCAGCAUUAAGAAAAAGAUCGCAAAGCAAAACGAUAGAGAGAAAGGAAGUGAGAAAAAGGUUUUGCAAAAACAUUCAAGCAAAACAAAUGCAUAGCAAUAAGUAGGUAAAACUUUAACAUCUUUUGUUUUUUUAUUAAAUUCUGAUUACAUACCUUUAUUACAAAUUAUAAUUGUCUUUAAUGAAGUAUGUGAGGAAAUAUCUUAAACUGCAUAAGCAUAACGUUUAGCGUGUAAGUAAACUCAAUUAAUCCAAAUACGAGCAAGCUUAACGAAACCAUUGAAAUAGUGAAAAUGAAAAUGAACGAUUAGAGCGGGUUUUGAAACAAAAAGAAUGGCAAAUGGAAAUGAUGCUGGCGGGAGGGGGGGUUUUAUUGCAAAGUACGGGUGGAAGAAAGGGAGCAGAAGACAGCAAAGUGGUAAAGCAAAGUGAAAAAGGGUAAAAGAUAGGAAAGCGACAAAAGCAGAAGCAUAAUCAUUCCGUCCAAUUCAAUGUGUGUAGUUAAGACUCGGGGAUAGGCGGUUUCGGGACGAUGGCGAAACACGAUCGCCAAUAUCAAUAUCAGCCGACAAUCUGGGCCAGUUUCACAGAACGGUAACGUAUAAUGGCACGAAGCUAUCCGACCCGAUAGAGAGAGAAAAACAAAACACAGCCAUCCAGCAGAGGCAGCUGGCCUUCGGGGAAGGACCUGGAGAUCACGUUUUGGCUAAUGUGGCAAAACUCCGGCCAUGGAAGCUUGUCAACAAUGGGAACUACUGCAAAUCAUACAUAUCAACUUUUUAUUUGGAUCUAUGUGUAAGGAUGUAAACAAAAGCAUACUGACCGAGGAUAGCAAGAGUGUUUUUUCGAUAGCAUUGUAGAAUCAGUUGAGGUAGACAUGAACCGGUGAAGCAGUGGACGCAGACACGCCGUGAGCGUGUGGCGUAAUCACCGUUACGAUCACCGCGAAAACUGCAGCAAAACAAGAAUAUACAUUUGGUACAUAUAUAGGUAUACACGCAAACUAAAUUCAUUAGUUUGUAUCGAUCGAUAAGUGCAUCUUUAAUCAUCAUGUUUAAACUAUCCCUAUCAUCAACACACAACUGAUCGCGUGGAUGACGACUGUUAGCGUGUCCCGUUUUUGUUUUGUUAUCAUUUUUUCCCGUUUUCACAACGAGUGUUCGUGAAUCUGGUUUGGUGAUCUACUGGUUCACGCUUCAAGCGCUUCAAACCCCGUUUGCCUAAGCGCCUAAACGCUAGCGCUUCACUUGUUCAUGUGUUAGCACAUCUAACUUGACCUCGAACGGUAGCUGGCGCUUCGUUCGCACGGGGUCCAAACACGAAAUGCCUUUCACACUAGCUUUAGUUUUGUUUCGAUAUAAGCGACAGAAGCGUUACGUUACGUUUUAUUUCUCUAUAGGGCUAGUCCUUUCCACCUUUCCGACCGAAGGGAUGUGUAAAAGGGUGGGGAUUGGAUUUGUUUGUCAGUUUUUUCUAUCCCCAAGUUUUUUCAGUACUCUCCAUAUUCCUGGAGUACUACUGUAGCAUGUAAGUUUGUAGCAAUCAGAAGCAACAAGAAACAAAAAUAUCUAGUUAAAAAUUAACGUUUCGAAGCGUGUAUGUCGUGUAGUCGAUGUCGAGUGUGCGUUUGUGUGAUUGUGUAUUGUAUGUGUGAGUGUGGCAGCAAAAGACACACCUUUUUCUUGAAGGAAUGGAAAACAAACCAGUAAUUGGCUGUUUGGUUUGGUUUUUUGCUUCAUUUUUUUAAUCUCACACCACACCAAAAGUCCUUUUUAUUCCGCACUUCGCAUACAACACUGAACCACUAGCCCAGCUACAGCAGCAAGGUGGAGCAAAAGUAAAUGGAUAAAAAAAAGGGAAAACAUUCUAGAAAAAACACAGCUUAAACAACGACUGAUGUUUCGGCUGUAACAAUGCAAUGCAAAACAGCUAAUAGAAUUGCUUGUUACUCUUGUCGAAGAAAAUCCCAAAAACAAAUAGCAAAACGUUUCUAUAUGCAUAAGCAAAUUGCAAAACGUGGUAACACACAAUACAUCUGCAAAACAACAGCAAAAAACGAAAAAAACGAAAUAACGAGCUGGAAUGAGCUUCGCCGUAGACAUGUGCAGAUGCAGAGAUUGAGAUAAAAUAUAAUGUAGAAGUUUAUAUAAGACAUAAACAAAACCUAGACGAGUAUGUUAUAUGAUAAAAAGCUAAAUGAUACAACAGCAACAAAACAAAGAAGAAACAAUUCACACAUAUCAAUUUCGUGCCCGAUCAUAUUUGAACGAAGUGGAAGAUAAAAGGAGAGAGAAAGGAAGAAGAAGAAAAACAGAACCUUUAUGCUAACCAGGUGGAGGCAGUUUCUUAUUAGCAAGGUAAACAAUAUAUAGUGAAGUAGAAACAGUAAAGCAGUAAAAAUCUAUGAAAGUAAAUACACGAUGUUAAGGUGUAACAAAUUACCAAACAAACAAAACAGAACACACACACAUACACAUACACACACAAAAAGAACAAAACCAAACAACAACAGCAAAAAACACUACGAAACGAAGUUGAAUAACAAACAACUCUACAAUGAUGCAAAUGGUAAAAAGCAUAAAAAGAAAGCAGAAAACAUUUUAGAAUAGUAAACUUAUGAAGAUGUUGUAACGCAAAGUGAUGUGUCGUGGUGAAAACAAAACAAUUUAUAUUCAACGUUUGGUAAACAGAUACCAAACAACAGCGUGUACGUGUAGCGCAGUAAAGGGCGAGUAAAGGAAGAGCAAAAAGAAGAUAAAUGAACCGAAAUCAGACAUGAUUGACCUGUCUAUGGAUGUGUUUUAACCCCUUUUCGUGUGUUUACCAUGUGUAUGGGCUUUAUUUUGAGUUUUUGCUUUAUUUAACUUAAUUUAAUUGCUAAUUUAAUUUUCUUUUUUGAGUUUGAGUUCUUAGCGAUUGAAAAAGCGAUCUUAAAAGUCUUUCUUAACGAGAUGCGCAAAAUGUGUGUUACGAAUGAAGUUUUUUUGUUUAUUGAAACGGCAGCAAAAAAGAACGUAACAAAAGACUUCCUAGUUGAGGAAAUGUAAAAGCGAGAGACUAACUUUUUCCCCCCCGCAGGCGUGGCGUGGCGUAACGAAAUGAAAAUGAUUCUGACAAUCAAAUCACACACUUUUCAAUUUGUGCACAUCAAACGAAACAAAAUGAUAAGACAAACACACCCACAACAAUACACGCUGUGCAAAGGUAGUGUAAUGUCUGGACAUGAAAAUUAUUUAAAGUAAAGUAAAAAAAAAGCAAAAGGCUGCAGAAAUGAUAACAUCGCCGAUUGAAAGUAGCAAAGAAAGGCAAGAAUGUGAAGAAAUGAAAGAUAUUUUUCUUCAUUUAUUUCUCACGUAAACACACACGCAUCUAAGAAAGGAAGGGAAAACGUACACCACCAGAGAGGAAUCGUUAAGCUUGUGUUAUUUGCUUUUUUUAUGCUCAUCUCUUAAAUUAAUUAAUGGCAUGAGAAGAAUGGAAUAAAAAGGGCCCUCUGUUAAGCAAUGCUUUUCUUUGUGCAUUGCAAAAAACAUUAACAUCAAGCCGCACAAGAACAGGGCUAACCAAACAGACAAGCGAAAGAGAAAGGAUUAACCAAAGAUAUGUACCGUGUUUUACGCGCGUUUAAAUUAUAUCCGUCGUAUUUAUUACUGUCCACUAUAAAACAAUUUUUUUCCUACCCUACCACCCCGCUUUGGGACUAAUUUAUUUUUUUUUUUUUUUUACAUUUCAAACAAGGUUGUUUCCCUCGUGUUUUGUUUUCCUCCCUUAAUUGUAUUUUGCUAUAAAAAUCCAUUCCAUUUGUGUUUUGUGUAUUAGUGUAUUGGUUAAAUAAUAUUUAUUACUUAUUACGAAGCGUUUAUCUGGCGAAAGCAAGCGUUGGAAAAAUUUUAGGCAAUAAUUUUGUUUACACUUAAUUAGCACAACGAGCGCGUUGUAAAAUGUCUCUGCUUUAAACCGAUUUAGCCACCCCAUGGCAGGUUCAUUAUGCUCUGUCACGUGUGUGUUGUGUCCACGUGCAAGAGAAACAGGCAACAUAAAGGGUAUGAAACACGGACAUAAGUAAUAACAACCAUACUAUGCAUACAGUGAAAAACAAAAUUAUAUAUACAAGUAAAUAUAUAUAUACACUUAUUUAGAUAUAUACUAUGUAGUACAAUCGAGUGUAAUGGUAAACUCUAGCAAAAUGAUGAAGUAAACAGGAUGGACGGACAGAUGGAAAACAACAUUAACAAAACAUAUAUUGCUAGCAAAAAGGCAGAAUUCGCCCCCAAAAACAGUUUAAAGUAAUGGUUGCGAAAUCAUCCUUUAAACGUCUAUUUGCUGUUGCGUGAUGUUGUACAGUUUUCGGGCUUAUUAAUUUUCCUAAAAAACAAACACACAAAUAAGCCUGGCGAAAUUUUAAUCUUAUCGUACCGAAAACGUUACGUAAAUGGAAAACAGGAGAAAAAACCCUAUUGCUAUCAGAAGAAGAAAAAAAAACAAACAAAAUCAUAAACUCAAUACAACUACAACUAUGCGCCGGCUUUUUGGUAUUACAACUCAAGCAUCAUGUAAAACUACCACAACAACAAAAAUAAACCAAAAAAAACCCCCUGUUACAAUGUUAUCUAUCAAAUUUUCAAAAUCGAAGUGUCGAACGAAAAACAAAAAUUGCAUCACAUCACAACUGGCUGCUGUUUGGGCUUACAUAAGCUAGCCUCAAGCAAGCGAAAAAUGGUGGCUGAUUUUAAUGCGUUUUACUAACCUUUAUCAAACAUCACCAUAUUGCGCGGCAUGCAACAGUGGUAGAGAAUGCGCUGGAACGGAGGAGUCUAGAAGAGAAUAGAGAGGAGAAAAAAAACGCGAAAAAAACAAAUAAGAAAAGAUAAUAAACAAACUCACUUGUUUUGUUCAUACACGUAAACAGAUUUGAUAUAGGAAAUUUCUAGGACGAAAUCGAAGAAACUCCAUGUACGGAGGCUACUAGCACCACUAGCUAGCAGAGCAAGGUGGAUCAGUUGGUACCCUGAAAUAGAAAAUAGCAUGAAUGAGAAAAAAAAAACCUGAUCAAUACAGAUAAAAUGGCUUUCAGCGGUGUUACAAUGCAAAAGCAUUCAAUUCGGGAAUGCUAGCGAACCCCACUAAAUAGGAAGAGGUAAAAAAACGAGGUAAAACUUUUGCUCUGCGUUCAAACCGGCAAACGGAAAUUGUUACAAACACUCUAUCUAAAACUGUAAUAAAAUAAUUCAGGAUAUAUCAAAACAAAUGCUCCAUAAAGAAGAAGUAAAGGGCCCCCAAAAAACAAAACAACAUCAAAACAAGAAAGGAAGAAAGGUAAGAACGAGAGAGAAAAGAAAGCAUACAACACAGAAAGAAGAGUGAAUGUAAAAGUGAAAAACAAAACAGAAAAAUAGAAAAGAAAACUAACACACACAAAAACACAAACACACACACAUUUACAUCGAAUCGAAUCAAUCGAAGAUACUUUACAAACAACCAAAAAAUGGACACAGUCGUAAGCAAUAAGUAGCAGCACACGCACGUACCACACUGUCACAAUGCGUUCGUUUUAGUUGUGUUAAUGCAAAAAGGAUUUGUGUUACAAAACAAAAAAUUUCCCGUAAAUGUAACUGCGUUUUCUCUUUCUCUCUUAAGCACUGCAAAAGCAAACAAACAAACAAAAGUUGCCUUUCACUGUCAUCUAAUCUAUUUUGUUUCGUCGCACUAUUUUUUCACGGCACGUUCGAUGGCGCACGAUCACUACCCAAAGCAAAGCAAACCAAAAUGGGCUAUGGAAAUUAGCAAAACAAAUGUCGCACACGUACCGGUAUUUUCCAUUUUUUUGGCAGUUUUUCAAAUUUUACACAUGUGUUGGUAGCCCGUACUGUAGGUUUUUUCAGUUUCUCACUUACUGCUCAAAGGAAAUGUUGCACUUUAUAGACACGGAUGUAUGUACACCGCCACCUGCCUCUACAAAAACACGCUACCGUACCAUCCAUUCCUUACGUGAAGUACGUACAAAUCUGUCUCUCUUUCCCGAUUUUGCUAAAUUAUCAACAACGGAUUAAUCACACACAUUUGUUCUAUUCUCGAAUGCACCCAGCCACUCUUGUCUGAACCGAGAACCCGGGAAAAAGGGAGAAAUCGUUUCCCAAAAAAAACCAAAAUGGGGUUCCAAACCAAACGUAAGAAAAUAAUAGCCUGCAAACAGCUUGUUCAUGCCCCUCUCGUGAUCACUUUUACUCAGUAGUGGAGGAUCUUUUCUGCACCAAAAAAAAAAAACACUUCCCUACUCACCCUACCCCCCGCAAAAACUAUGUCGCACGUUCGGUUUUUUCAACCACCCCUUUCUUUGCAGUGUAGCUUUGCAUUGCCUCACCUAACACAUACGAAACAAUGCUACCGCAAACUGCAAACGGCAAAGCACCAUCAUUCGUACAGAAACGAAUUAGUUUAAAAAUUCUUUAUUAGUGCACAAAAAUCACCUUUCCUAUUACAAUGUUUGUCUCUCACCAUUUCACGGUUGUAUUUUUUUUUUUUGUUAGUUUUUCACUCCUUUUUGUUUUGCUCUUUUUUCACCUCUUUUGGCUUGGUUGUUUUUUAUUUCCCACCCGACGUACAAAACAAACCAAAUGCACCCCAUUUUUGUUUGGCGGUUGUUUUAUUUGUUUCACUUCUAAAAAAAAAAAGAUCACCACAGACGAAAGUGCGACUGCUUACCUUUCAGCUUAGCAACCAAGAUCAAGCGCCCUUUCGCAAAACGCGCGAGAUAAGCGAGAUUUACACAAUAAAAGUAAACAAAACGAAAGCAAUAAUUAGCAAAAAAAAACAUUACGCGUAGAGCAAGGUUUCGGAAACGUUAGCUACUAGGUCUCUCCAUUUAUUGGGGGCUACUGCCGGCCCUAUAUUGCUAUACCAGUGAGCUGUACAAAACUCUGCUCACACAUUAUGGAUCGCGUACGCUUCAUUUUAUCGGAAGCAUUCACCCACCCGGUGAAGGUUGAUUAAAAGAAUCACGAACGAUCGAUCAUUACUGAUCGUAUUGGUUUUUUUUUCUUCUUAAGGUAGAAAAAAGAAACAAAUGUGUGAUGUAGAUGAAACAUUGUUUCCUUGAUGUGUACAACGCAUAUUGUUUUAAUUUUUUUAGUACCAAUUUAUCAACCAACAAACGUUUCCGGUUGGGUUUUACUUAUUUUUUCUUUUUUUAAUUAUUAAACCUCUUUUAACAUCGUUAAAUAUCUAAUUCUAUUGCUUUUAUUCGUCAUUUCAUCCAUUUUAAUACCCAAUCGUUGUGUAUUUCUGUUUGUUCUGCAAAAGAUUGUCAAUCAUUGGCACCGAUCGAUUGAAGAAUUUAUUCGAACAGGUUUCACAAUCACAAGAUACCUCCCAUUUUAAACACUUUGCGAGAUUCCGUACGAUUCUCGCCGCAGCGAAUUGUGUUUAUUCGAUCGGUGUAAUCGGAUUGAUAAAAUAUGUUUUAAUUUGUUUUGUUUUUUGUUUAAUUCACCCAAUGCAUUAUGUGAUUGUAAACUGUUUUGUGUUUAGUUUUUUUUUGUUUUUGUUCCUCACUUGAUUGAUGUGCACUAGUAGAGAUUUUAGAGGUUUUCUAUUCCUUUUUUUUGUUGUUUUCAUAAGCAAACGCUUCACUGUUUGCAAAAAAAACGCUUGCGUAAACAGUUGAAUUGCGUGCAUGCAAUAAGGGAUAAUGAUUAAUAUAAUACCAAAAAAAAAACAUAACAUUAUCAUAAACACUGUAAACUAGCGAAGGGGGAAAAGGUGAAAAAAGAAAGGAUACAAUAUUAAAAACGAAAUGCGAUAUUUGGGGAAUGGGGGACAACAAUGGGGGACAACAUAUAUACAGAAAAGAGGGUAGUAAAAAAAAGGAAAGGAAACAAAGAGAGAACGUAAAAGAGGUGUGUAAGCAUGAUAGUGUGAGAGUGUAGAUGGGAGAAGGAAGAAAUGAAGAAGAAAACCAAAAAUUAAAAAUGAGCACAUACAAUGAAGGGAGGGAGGCGGGAAAGGGGAUGAUCCGACAGGAUUGGGCCCACCCACCAUUUGCACCAUUUGUAAGGCGUUUUUAAAUUAUAUUUUUAGGAUGUAAAACCAAAACAAAAUAUAAGAUAAGUACUUUUUCUUUUUGUUAGUGUGAUCCUUCUAAAGAAAGUGUGUUCCUUCGGUUCGGAUAAGUUGGAAUUUUCGCGAUCUAUCAAUAGUGUAUGCGUUCGUUCCACAAUCUCGUUCAUCAUUAAAAGCAAAUCGCAUAAAUAAAGCGCAUAAUGAAACAAUACAACAACAACAAAAAAAAAACAUCAAACAAACCAAACCAAAAAAAAACAAACUGUUCUGAAUUGGUCUAACACUUCUCAUCGUAACGCUUCGUAACGUGCGUAACGUUUUUUUCAAUCUGUGCGAUUUUACUCAUUUUAAAUGUGUUUCUUGUCUGUUUUAUGAUUUUUUUUCCAACUUUCAUUUUCUACUUUCUACCUUAAAAAUUACAUUCUCUUCUAUGAACAUCUCAGCCCACUGUUGUGUGUGUGUGUGUACGGGCGAUACUAAACCCUCACGAACACACCGAUUACGCUCGCUGAAAACUAUGAGAACAAUUCAGAACAGGAAUGGCCUUAAAAACGAUUUUUUAAAAUACAAGAACGAAAAAAAAGACAACAAAUUAUCGAAACAAGUGGACGAAGUCAAUCUAUUAUAUACUGAAAAUUAUUAACAAAUGAGAUACAUAAACAGUAAUAUUACAUUAGCGAUUCAGAUUUAGCAAAACAAACAAACAAGAAAAAGGAUCUAUAGAGAAAGGUAAACCAAUCUAGCAUGGCUAAGGAUGUUACGGUUGAUUCUACGACUCUUACGUGUAUGUAACCCCCCCCCCAGAGGAUAGAAUGGCCAGAGAAUGGCCGCAUCAAUCAACAAAAGGCAUAAGAACAAGACAUGUUGUACAAUUUAAUCAUCUUUGUAAAGAGAACUCUGUGAGCAUAGCCGUUUGGCGGGUAGGGGAAAAAGGGCGCCCGAGCGCCGUAGAAUGAAUAAGCAAAUGUGUGUGAUUAAAAAAACAUUAUUAGCAUUACUGAUAACUCUAAAGACAAAGUGCGCCGCAAUGUUUGUGUGUGUGUGAGAGAGAGAAAUUUGUGUGUUGGCGGGCGCACACGUGCAUCUAGCAGCAACAACAACAAAAUUAAUGGUUGGGAAUGCAACGAACGAACAACCAUAACAAAUAGUCAACAAAGAAUACAAAAAAGAAAACGAAAAACAUCAACCCAAAAAUUUAAACCAAAACAAAACACAAACCGAACAAACAAAUAAUUGUUUUAUGAUAAAAUUAGGCUAAACAUUAUUCUGAUGGUAAUGCCGUGUGUCGCGAUAUUCAAAGUUUAGUUUGAAAAAAUGUGUUUAAGCGAUUUAAGCGUAUGUUGGUGCAUGUGCUGUACGUGUCGGGUAUGUGAACGUGUGCC